AUGCCGCCCUCACUUUGCAUGCGAUGCAGCGCACAAAAGGCCGUCGUCAAACGGCCCAAGAACCAUCACAAGCUCUGCAAAGAGUGCUUCCUGGCAGUUUUCGAGGACGAGGUUCAUCAUACCAUUAUCUCAUCCAAGUUGUUUCUGCGAGGCGAGAAAAUUGCUAUAGGUGCAUCUGGUGGCAAAGACUCAACCGUCCUAGCUUCAGUUCUAAAGACACUCAACAAAAAACACGACUAUGGGCUCGAGCUUGUGCUGCUUAGUGUAGACGAAGGUAUCAAGGGAUACAGAGAUGACUCGCUCGAGACUGUGAAGCGCAACGCGGUUCAAUAUGAGAUGCCCCUACAAAUCGUUGGCUACGACACACUAUAUGGCUGGACCAUGGAUCAAGUUGUCGAGACUAUUGGGAAAAAGGGAAAUUGCACCUAUUGUGGUGUUUUCAGACGACAAGCUCUCGAUCGUGGCGCAAAACUGCUAGAGAUCAAGCAUGUCGUCACGGGUCACAAUGCGGAUGACAUUGCUGAGACAGUACUCAUGAAUCUCCUCAGAGGAGACCUGUCGCGCCUCUCAAGGAGCACCAGCAUCAUCACCGGCAACUCAUCAAACGACGUCAAAAGAAGCAAGCCACUGAAAUAUGCAUACGAGAAGGAAAUCGUCCUGUACGCCCACCACAAAAAGCUGGAUUACUUCAGUACUGAGUGCAUUUACAGCCCAGAGGCCUUCCGCGGGACAGCGAGAAGUUUAAUCAAGAACCUGGAGAAGGUGCGCCCUAGUGCUAUCCUGGACAUCGUCCGCAGCGGCGAAGAUCUUGCCCGUCUGACCCCAGACAAAGGCCAAGCGGCAUGUGCGUGUGAUGAUGGUGAGGGUGCCGGCGGCUGUGGCUCUGCGAAUGCGGCAACCUCUGGAAGCGAGCUGGCCCAAAUGGAAGCUAGUCUCAAGCAAGAAAGUGAAGACACGGCGCUGGAGACUGAGAUCACGUCCAAACCGAAAGAGGACAUUGUCAAGCUUCCCGUCCGACCGAGACAGCGCAAAAGUCAGAAACGGGAGCCACCGCCCAGUCAGCUACAGACGCUUGGCACCUGCACUCGCUGCGGCUAUAUGUCGAGCCAAGAAAUCUGUCAAGCAUGCACAUUGGUAGAGCGACUGAAUAAAAAUAGAGCAGAUAUAGCAAUAUAA